AUGCCUAAAUCUGUUGAAGAUGAAUUUGGAAGAAUUGAGGAUGAUGAACUCAGGCAAAAACAAAAAGAAUAUGAAUUUAUGAUGUUAACACCUAAUUUGGUUAAACAACCCGGAAUUGAGUUAGACAUUUCACAAAUGGUGACAGGAGAAGAAACUACUUCUAGAGAAAUUAAUCGUUUCAGACGAAUAAUUUAUGACCAAGGAGAAUUAUUAAAUAGUGAUUUAACCAAGCCUCCCUCAAAGUUUUUUUAUAAAAUUUUUCUUAAUAAUUUUUUCAGUACAAAUCCUCACCCAUUUAUACCGACAGAAGAUAUAAUGCCACCAACUCAUUCUCAUUCAAUUGCUCAAUAUGCCAAUUUUUCUCAAACUAUUCAAAUGCUUGUUGAUAUGGGUGUUGAUUUAUUUGAGUCCACACAAAAUGAUCCUCGUCUCGGCCAAGCACUUGUCCGUCUAGAUUGGGAACGUGAUGUCAAACCAAAAAUUUAUUGGUUACAUAAAAGUGUUGGGUUUUCUCCUGAUGACUUGGCUAAUUAUUUAUCUCGCAAUCCUUAUUUUUUGUUACAAAAACAGGAACAUUUAAAUGCUCACCUAAAUUAUUUAAAUUAUCGCCGUUUUACAUUUCCUCAAAUACGAAAAAUUGUAUUAGAAUCCAGAUAUUGGCUUAAUGAUUCAGUUGAAAGGCUUGAUGCCCGUUUGGGUUGGUUACACAGACAAUUUUUACUUCCUUCUAAACAAUUAAGGCUUGUUGUGGUUAAAGAACCCAAAAUUAUUGCAUUUGGAAUUGGCCGAAUUUCUGGAAUUGUUCGUUCAUUAAAUAUUCAAUGUGGAUUUUCUCAAAAAGAUUUACGUUUAAUGCUUGUGGCAGAUCCACGUUUAUUUAUUUGUGAUAUAAGUAGAAUGCUUGUUUCUUAUAAUUAUUUGGCUUAUGUUAUGAAAAUAGAAAAUGAACAAAUUGUUCAAUAUCCCUGCGCUUUGAGAUGUCCAAUAACUGGUUUACGUAAUAGACACGAAUACCUUCAUCGUCUAAAAAAAGCAAAUUAUAUACCAAAAACCCCAAAUUCUAUUACUCUUUACAAAUUAUUACAUCCAAGUGACCGUUAUUUUUCUGAAAAUGUUGCUGAAACUCCUUUGGAGGAUUAUAAUCGUUUUUUAAAAUUUAUGUAAAUUUUGUUGAAAUUUGAAAAUAAAUUUUUAAAUAAUUUUUUUUAUUUUAUUUUUUAAAUGUUUAUUUCAUUUUUUUAUUUAAUUUUUGCUUGCCCGUUCAAUUAUUUUUUUUAUUUUUAUUAAGUAGAAUAAUUAUGGUGAUAGUGUAUAGGCCAUAUGUGAGUAGAUGGGCACGCGCUUGGAAGGCUCUUAAAGUAAGUUUAUAAUUUUUUGGUGGAAUUGUUUUUAAUUUUGAUUUAAGC